AUGGAGCAGCAUUCUGUUCCAAGAUUUUAUGACAUGAAUCUCAGUCAUGAAGAGGACUUUGAUGAAGGGUACAUGGUCCCUGAUAGCGAAGAUUUCACAGGUGCUCCCUACUUCACUCCCCAGUCUACACAGCCUUUCAACACAAACCUUGGGUUUUCUUCUGUCGAAGAAGGCGAUUUUCUUCUCACCGAUCAUCCCUUCUUGGAUGUCGAUCCCCUCAUGAGCAUCCCAAUUACCGUGGACGAUGAGUACAUCUUAUGCGACUCGCAUCAGUCUCUUGAGAUGCCAUUUGCUAGCCCAUCUAGCGUGGCCUCAGCUUCUGAGAAUCCAUCCUGGGAUUUUGUUGAGCCGGUUCCAGUUGAAUCUGUCUGGGAUCUUUCAGCUCUGCAUCCCGACUCAUGCAACAUCUCAGACAGGAGAAACUCAGAGCCUCUCAAUCGGUCUGGUGCAUCCACUCCAAAGGUCCAUUCACACGAUGAACACGAAGAGUCUUCAGCUCUAUUGGCACUGUCUUUGAUGGACAGCUUUCGCUACCCAUGCCCUCAGGCAUCCUGCAGCAAGACCUUCAAGCGCAAGGAGCACGCCAAGCGUCAUUAUACGACCAAGCACAGGCCAAGGAAUCGUCGACUUCAGUGCGAGUUCUGCGGCAAGGACAACUUGAAUGCCCACCGCCGACUGCACGCUCGAAGCCCAGCAAAGAACGCCAGUGGCGUCCAUUUCGUCCCUGCAGCACUUGAAAUGCUGCAGAAGGUUCAAAAGCCUACCUCAUAUAACGGAAAGCUGGUUCGUUUCUUUUCCUAG